AUGGCGGCCCAGCGACAGCCAGGGAGGGCUGCUUCUCGGAAGAAACUCAUCCCUGAGAGAUGGCUGGCUCCCAAACACAACGUUUCCUGUUUCUGCCGGUGGAAAUCGGUGCUCCAUACUCCGGCAGAGUCUUUCCCUGCGGCUCUCGGGAGCGACGGCGGCACCGGCCCUCCGGCCCCGCAGCGCUGCGGCAUCCGCACGUCGGACAUCAUCAUCCUGCCGCGCAUCCUGCAGACCCGCCGCACGUCGGGCAUCAUCGAGAUCGAGAUCAAGCCCCUGCGCAAGACGGAGAAGAGCAAGUCGUACUACCUGUGCACCUCGGUGGCGGCGCCGCCCGGCGCGCUGGGUGCCGCCGAGGGGCCGGGCUGGACGGAGACGACGUGGAUCUACCACGACGGCGAGGACACUAAGAUGAUCGUGGGCGAGGAGAAGAAGUUCCUGCUGCCCUUCUGGCUGCAGGUGAUCUUCAUCUCGCUGCUGCUGUGCCUCUCGGGCAUGUUCAGCGGGCUCAACCUGGGGCUCAUGGCGCUGGACCCCAUGGAGCUGCGCAUCGUGCAGAACUGCGGCACGGACAAAGAGAAGAACUACGCCAAGCGCAUCGAGCCCGUGCGGCGCCAGGGCAACUAUCUGCUGUGCUCGCUGCUGCUGGGCAAUGUGCUGGUCAACACCACCCUCACCAUCCUGCUGGACGACAUCGCCGGCUCGGGGCUGGUGGCCGUGGUGGUGUCCACCAUCGGCAUCGUCAUCUUCGGCGAGAUCGUGCCGCAGGCCAUCUGCUCGCGGCACGGCUUAGCCGUGGGCGCCAACACCAUCUUCCUCACCAAGUUCUUCAUGAUGAUGACCUUCCCGGCCUCCUACCCGGUCAGCAAGCUGCUGGACUGCGUGCUGGGCCAGGAGAUCGGCACGGUCUACAACCGGGAGAAGCUGCUGGAGAUGCUGCGGGUCACCGACCCCUACAACGACCUGGUGAAGGAGGAGCUCAACAUCAUCCAAGGGGCGCUGGAGCUGCGCACCAAGACGGUGGAGGACGUGAUGACGCCCCUGCGGGACUGCUUCAUGAUCGCCGCCGAGGCCGUGCUGGACUUCAACACCAUGUCGGAGAUCAUGGAGAGCGGCUACACCCGCAUCCCCGUCUUCGAGGGCGACCGCUCCAACAUCGUGGACCUGCUCUUUGUCAAGGACCUGGCCUUCGUGGACCCUGAUGACUGCACCCCGCUCAAAACCAUCACCCGCUUCUACAACCACCCGCUGCACUUUGUCUUCAACGACACUAAGCUCGAUGCCAUGCUGGAGGAGUUCAAGAAAGGCAAAUCCCACCUGGCCAUAGUCCAGCGAGUAAACAACGAAGGGGAAGGAGACCCGUUUUAUGAAGUUCUGGGAAUCGUCACGUUAGAAGACGUGAUCGAAGAAAUCAUCAAGUCGGAGAUUCUCGAUGAGACUGACCUGUACACUGAUAACAAGACGAAAAAGAAAGUCGCCCAUCGGGACAGGAAGCAGGACUUCUCUGCCUUCAAGCAGACAGACAGCGAGAUGAAGGUUAAAAUAUCACCGCAGCUCCUCCUGGCAAUGCACCGUUUCCUGGCAACAGAAGUAGAAGCCUUUGGUCCAUCCCAGAUGUCGGAGAAGAUCCUUCUAAGGCUGCUAAAGCACCCCAACGUCAUUCAGGAGCUGAAAUAUGAUGAGAAGAACAAGAAAGCCCCGGAAUACUACCUCUACCAGCGAAACAAGCCCGUCGACUACUUUGUUCUCAUUUUACAGGGGAAAGUGGAAGUGGAGGCUGGGAAAGAGGGAAUGAAGUUUGAAGCUGGUGCUUUUUCCUACUAUGGGGUGAUGGCCCUCACAGCAUCGCCAGUUCCCUUGUCCCUGUCUCGUACCUUUGUUGUCAGCAGAACAGAGUUGUUAGCAGCAGGUUCUCCAGCUGAGAACAAGUCACCGCCUCGUCCUUGUGGCUUGAAUCAUUCAGACUCUUUAAACAGAAGCGAUCGCAUUGACGCGGUGACGCCAACGUUAGGGAGCAGCAACAACCAGCUGAACGCGUCUUUCCUUCAAGUGUACGUCCCAGACUACUCGGUGAAAGCGCUCACGGACAUUCAGUUUGUCAAGAUCUCAAGACAGCAGUACCAAAAUGCCCUGAUGGCAUCUCGGAUGGACAAAACCCCUCAGUCCUCGGACAGUGAAAACACUAAAAUCGAACUGACUCUUACGGAGCUGCACGACGGUUUGCCAGACGAGACGGCAAACCUACUGAACGAACAGAACUGUGUGACUCACAACAAGUCCAAUCACAGUAUGCACAGCGAAGGCGCCAUCUAGGACCGACCCCCACCACACGUCCCCUUCCCGCCCCAUCUCUCCAGCAGGACCAGCCCUCGCUCCUUCCUGCCUUUCGACCCGGCCGCGAACACCAUUUAGUACGUGCUUGAAAUGCUGCGCUGCGCCCAGUGCUCUGAGACCAAAGACGUUGUGCCCGUCUCGGGAGCGGGAGAGGAAGAAACGAGGAGAGCAGAGCAAGAAAGAGACGACCGAAAAACCAAACGAACCGUGGGAGCAGCGAGCGACCCUCGGCGAGCGGUGCGAUUCCUUCUUGCAGAGUAGAAUGGCGUUUAUUUUUUAGCCGUACCUUUGUUCCUCAUUGGGUUUUUCCUCCUUUCUAAAUGCUCACGGGGGAGCUUGAGAAGCUUCUCCGAUUUAUUUUUUCAAGAGAGAAUCAUGUUUUUAAAAAGAGUAUUUUGCAGAGUUUUAAAUUGUUGCUGUCCCUCCCCGGCCCCGAGUAGGCUGUGUCGUGACUUUGUGAGUUGGCUCCAAGUGUCCUCGGCCUCUUUCCAUCCUUCUCUUUGGUCCUUUUCUGUUGGUAAGAUGGUAACUGGUACUUGUAUGUAUUUGUCUCCUACAAACGAGGAAUGAGUGGAACUGCGAGGAACCUCUGUCGUAACCAUCUGAAAGUUUGGGGAAGGGCAUUACAUUCUCCCCAGCUCAGUUUCAGGGAAGGGGUGGUUAUUUUGGUGUUAAUAAUCUCUCCGAUCGCAGAAGGUUUCUUUGUAAAAAUGCAAAUAUUGUUACAUUUACAGUUUUGUAGCCUCCAAAAAUGUCACGCGUUUUGAAUAUGAAGCUGGGGGUUCUUUUUAAUCAACAAAAGCGUAGUCUCCUCAAAUUGCAGGCAGGGAUGACUCCCCCGUCAGGGGUGCUGGGUGGUUUUUAUCUGCUGGAUACUUUGCGUUGGUGUGACCGGGACUCGCGUGGUGACGCUGUCUGCCUCCCCGCUGUGUUGGAAGUGCGCACCCCAGCGCGUCAGAUCUCAGACUCUGAGCUCCUGUACAGCCCGUGCACCCUGUCCUCCAGCCAGAGCAUGUUUGCAGCCCGUGAUAAAUCACUGGGAUAGGAUUUAGGAGUGAUCGUUUGUCCCCGACCCCUUGGAUGUUGACACGGAAGAUGCUGCUACAACGCCCAAAGUGAAUCCUCCCAGUGGUUUGUGCACCCCCGCUGCUGCAGGACCAUCCUCUUCUCCCCCAAAACUGACAAAGAACUUCCAUGGCAGACGGAGCUGUGCGGGAGCAAACGCUGCGCUCCAGGGAUCGGAGAGGUUAGUCCCUGGGCAGUUUCCCUUACCCUGCAGCCCCUCCAUGUCCUCCCCUCUCCCCUUUUGCUGCUUCCAUGGGGCCAUCUCUCCGAUUCUGGAAGCAGGGUGGCGUCUCCUCAGCACUGCUCCUGUUGCUUAGCCCAGGGCACGACCAGCUUGCCCGCUCCAGCAGCCCGAGCCCAGAAUGGGCAAGAUGGGAGCUCCGCACCACGUAUCUCCUAGCCCCCACCAAGCAGUGUCCGUCGUGGAGCUCACGCGGGGACUAAGGAGCCCCCGUACCUCUCCCCUUGUCAGUACCCUCUUCAAGACAGUGUGACAGUCAACCUCAGUAUUAUUCCCUGGAGAGAAGACCACGUCCUGCAGCGCAGUCUGUCUGAAGCUCAGUCCUUGCUGCUCGAAGACCACCCCAGGACCCGAGUGUAAUGUAGCGUUUUCCUCCCUUACCCAUCCAGUAAGCUUUAUCCAGCUCCGACUUGGAGACUCUCCUGAUUCCCAGUGACCCCGGGGGCAGCGCUGGCCCCGCUUCCAUCCCGACUCCGGCCCUGGGGCGAACGUGACCUCGAGCCUCGCAGCGAUGUCUGCACAAACAGCGCGUGAAAGGCACAGCGUUUCACCGGAGCGGCUCGUUGGUGGGUUUUGUCCUACCCCGCGCUCUCCUUUUACCCUGUCCGGUGAGAACGGGCCGCCCGGGUCCAGCGAGAUGGUGGGGAGGAAAGGUACUUCCGGUCCCUUUUCCCAGGAGGCACGAAUAACACCCGCAGAGGGGAGCACAGCAGUCCCACGCGUGGUAUCGAACACGGGGGCAGGCCGAGCCUGGAGACCCGAGUCCCAGACGACCCUCGCACUUCUUAAGCUCGUAGUUAAGAACACUAAAUCCCUGGUUUUUCUUUCUUUUUAAACGUGCUCCUCUUCGUGCCCAGUCCACGCUCUCCACGCCCCGUUGGCUCUGGACAGCUGCAGCCACCGGCGGGCCGACAGCGUCCCGAAAGCACCAGGCGUGUGGUCGGGCUGGCGGGUCGCCUGCUAAACCAGCCCCCUCGUUACCCAGCUCGAGGAGAGCUGCUCGUGUCGCACCUUUUUCUCCAGAGCAGAGUGAGACGACAUCGCAGUAUCAACUCCUGGCCCCGGCAGGGACGCGCUUCCCUGCGUCGGCCCUUCAUAUUCAAGCCCCCUCCGUGGCUUUGCGUUGCUGAACGUACGAUGUUGUUGAAAGCACGGCGCGCGGGCAGGGGUAACCGUGGGGUGCAGUAUCCUUCCUAUCGAGCCUGCUCGCCGAAGCUGUCCUCGGAGGCGGGGGGGGGGGGGGGGGGGGUCUCUCUUCCGAGCUUCGUGCCAUGUCGCGGCUUGUCGAAAAGGCGACCAAAGUGACACGAUCUCGCGGGCGAAUCCCUCCUUGCUGAGCUCCUUUGUCUGUGUUUCAGGUUACGCGAGGGCUGCCUGGGAGACUUCCCUCUCCUCGCGUCCGGCGUUUGGAGCAGAGCACGCAAUAAUCCGCACGAAACCCGUCGGUCACAGAUGUGUCUCGUAAGGAUUAUAGGCUCCUCUCCUAGACGGAGACAAGCCGCUGCUAGUUGGCUUGAAGAGGGGGGGCUCCCGCUGCCGUCGGGCAUUGUCACGACACAGACAACCCAACCAGCUGGAUGUUUUCGGGGUCGCUGGACUUGACUUCAGCCUUCGGCCCACGGCAAGGGUUUGCUCCAUAGAAAGGAUACUGCAUUUUCCACGCCUGUGCCGUGUCCGUUGGUUUGGGUGGUGGCGCGGACGCCAGUCCGGUCGUGGGCGGGGGCAGGGCAGGGCAGGGCAGCCAUGUUUUCUAAUGUUGAUACCGUUUUUGCACAAGAGUUCUUUGAAGUGAGGUUUUUGACACUAAUAUCUUAAAUGCACAACUGUGAAUUCGUUUUUACACUCCUGUCGGUUGAAUCCCUCCCAAUGAAACGAACCUGAAUCUGUUGUAACCAUGAUUUUUAAUGCUGUGUAUUGCCAAAUCUUUGUAAAGAGCGAAAGGACUGUUCUUGCUUCGCAGCGAGUCUUUCUCCCACCCCCGCUGGCUCCGGGAGAUCGCGUGAAGCACGCUAGCUCUGUGUUGCAGGAGGGGAUUUAGCAGUCCCACCCUUCUCUGUGCAGACCCAAAUUCAGGUCUUCCGGAGGGCCCUUCGCCCCGUUCCCCACGUGUCGGCACCCGAAACACCCUGCAUGCUCAAAAGACGUCCCGCAGAAGACCCGAGAACUGGGUCGUACCAGAGAGUUGGGUUCGAGGCACGCCGGCAGAGCAGUGGGAAGGCAUCGCUGCCACGACUAGCGGAGGUGGCGAUGCAGCCGAAGGUUGACCCGUGCCGUCGGAGCUGGAGGGGGGACCCAGAGUUGGGCUCCUUCGAGGAUGCGAAGGGUUAAUAAGCACGUUCAACUUGAUCUGCAGAAUUGCCUGCAUCCCUUCCCACCUCCUCCUCCCGGCUCCCGCGGCCUCCCCUCACAUCUCCUCUUCCUCACUGCGUGUCUUUGCGCCCGGAUACUUCUUCAGAGAAGGAGCAGGAUCGGACUCUGCAGUCGCUCUCCACUGGAGGAGGAGGGAAGGAGAAAACGUGGCGGGAAAUGGAGGAGAGGGAGCUCUCCAGGACCCAGAGGCAUCUCCCCGGCAGGACUCGGAGGUGGUUUCACAGGGGCUUCCCUGAAACCAGCUCCAAGUACAACGGAGCGGUUGACUGGACCGCAGCGGCGCUUGCCGCGGUGCUUCAUGUGAUCUCCGAAGAGCUCAGCCAAGAGAGACUUGAGUCUGGGAGUAGUGAACAGCAUCCUGCGUAAGUAUUUCAUGUGACGGCGAAUGCAGCCAGGCUCCCCGGGACCAGGCCUCUUCCUCACGCUGAUGGAGAAUAUCUACACGGGCCCUACAUAGGGUCUGUGCGUGUUGGAUGUCGCGUGCUGUAUCUUACUCGGUGUCCAGUACACACACCCGGGGCUUAGGACUAGCCCUGGGGACCAGGCGUGAAGUUACCCGGAGUCGGGACCACGGCUAGCAGCAGGCCGGGUCGGGGGAUGCUGUCGCAGUGCCUGUGAGCAUCAGCACGUGAGGCUUCAGGCCCAUCGAUGGUGUCUGGCCGGUGCCGACGUGUCUUUGUGGAUGUCCUAAGCUCCGGUGCCGUAGCUAGGGCGGGCUGAACGAGCUUGGACUUGCUGGUCCUCGCUGCUGGAGAGCGGGGGGUCGUCAAGCCCUCACCGGAUCCGAAGAAGUGCGUGGCUCUGCGACUGGAAGGAUAAGAGUCGAUCUGGUCUGUGGGAAGGCCCAGCAGCUUUAUCCCAGCACAACUGCGGUGGAAGCAGCCCUCCUCCUGGUUUAGGCAGGGGGGCAGAGGGAGUACGCGCGCCGGGGAGCUUCGCUAGCCGGGUGCUUGCUCGCCGUCUCCUGAGCCCGUUGUGCUGGUCACCAGGCACUCCCCGCUCCAGUCCCUCUGCCUUGCACGCGUGGCCUUUCCCAAGGGGACGCUGGCCCACGGCACUGCUGCACCAGCGCAGCGGGCGAGGACCGGCACUGAGGAGGUCACCCGCAACGCCCGCCCCUCCUCCACGGCCGUGGCGCUCAGCUGAGCUGUUCUGCUUUUCGGUUCCCCGCAGCGCAAACGGGCUGCUUGGCGAGCGCAAGUUGUGACCCGGUCCAUCUCCAGACUAGCGCAGCUUCGAUCUUCCACUUCAGUUUCAUGCAUCUCCCACUCCUCUUCUUCCAGGCCCGGGAUCUGGGCACAGAGCAUUGCUUAGAGAUGAGAGGAAGCUCUACAGCCCAGGCUGUCCCAGCUCCUUCCUUCCUGGGCUGAGGACGGGCGGCGCGGAGCUAGGCAGGACGCUGCAGACGGCCGCUCGCCGAUGGGCUUGGCUGUUCCCGUGGUCGGUAGCCCCGCGCUCUGGCAGCGGUCUGAACACCGUGCUUCCGUGAUGCUCUCGUGCACCCCUUCAAAUGCUUUGGCUCUUCCCUGGAUGGGAUCAAACCCUGCACAUCCCGGAGUACAGGUGCAUCUCGUUGGCUCCAGCGCCCUUGCCUUGGGAGACGGUGGGGCCUCGUCUGCCCCUCCCUUAUCGCUCUUGCCCCACCGUCGUCCGUUAGCCAGGGUUAGCAGCAGUUCUCGCUACCCGCGGGGCUGACUCCGAGUGAAGCGUCACCACUUCGAAAGCAAGGAUCUUCGAUCUUUAGAUUUUCCUCCUUCCCAUCCCAACGCGCCCUCCCGUGACCUCUGGAGUCUUUGCCUUCGAAUGGGGCUGGCAACUUGAAUCCUGCUGAGUCCAAUGAAACCGGUGUCAAGAAGUCUAACUGCUGCUUUCCCAAGUGCUUGCUGUCAAAGCAGUCCUUUCCUCCGAGGGACGCAGCGGGAGCCGCCUGUUGGCAGAGGUUGGAGUUUGCGAGCUGUAGCGCUGAAGAGUCGGAGCUGGGAAACGUUAGCGCCUGGACUCCUCCACUCUUCGCUCAGCCUGCUGAUGCGGUCUCGUGCCGUCUGGGCCAGUCCCCACCAGCGUGGAGAGGCGGCGGGUGAGCAUUCGGUGGUCACAAAAAUCGCAGCCACGUUGUGCCAGGAGAGAUCCCCCCACGGCACGCGGGAACGCUCGCAGCACGGGUCCGCCAGCGCCAGCCUCGCGUUCCUGGUGUCCUCCAGGCUGGGAGGUAAGAAGGGACUUCAGGACAGGACCCCUGGGGCGAACCUCAAAGCUUGGACUUGCUCUUCCACGGAUGCGCCUGCGGAUUCCCAGACUUGCAUCCGAGUCGCGGUGCAGAUGUCAUGAUGCCAAAUAGUGAAAACCCAAAUACUUGAGUUUGUGCUUCUCUGUCACUUCGCCCCACUUCUCUGCAGCCGCUGAAACACCUUCUUACCCCAA